AGAUUCAGUCUCGAGUGCGAUACUGGCCAGCGUGAACGUGUUUACUUGGGCCUUCAAUUGCAAAAGCAACUUUUUACGAUUAUGGCCAUUAUACGGCGGCUUCCCUGGCCGGAGCUGCUGUUUCUGUUUGUCGGUGUCUGGUUGUGUCUGGCAUUGGAACCAAAUGCUGCAGCUCGGUUGCCCAGCGAUCGCGUUGUCUUUCCCUCGGAGUCACAGCCCAAACUGGAGUCCCGUCUCAAGGAAAUCGAUCGGGAAAUGGCCGAAGUGUCACGUCUGACGAAUGUCAGUCUUCUCAUGGUGCCCCAGGAAGCCAAGAAAAGCAUGCCGAGAAUGGCCAGUACUAGUAUAGAUACCGGAAGUGAAAAGCCACCAGCAACCACAACCGGAAAAGGGAAAGAAGAGAUCAAAAAACCAGCUCCGGAGGGGAGUAAUCCUACUACACCGAGAAACCAAACCCGUCCUUCCAGCGAAUCCAAGGUGAUAACCUUUGGCAGCGAGCCGGAAUCAAAUAGCCAGCGUCCCUGGGACCAAACAGAGGUUCCUACGACCGUCAAGAUAAAGGUGGUGCUGGAGCCAAGGAUAACGCUGGAAACGACACGAAUUUGUCCGGAGGGCUUCACAUUGAGCGCCACCCAUUGUCGCAAGAAUGCCUAGUAAAAAAUGGUUUAUUAAAUAAAAUAAUUAUAAUUAUUAUAAUUUAUAAUUUUUGUUAUCAACUUCUUUUAAAAUUAGAGUUAAACAUGAUUUCCAAAGUCUGUAUUCUGUUAAAAUUAAAUUUUAUCAGGAUUCGCCAAAUUCGCAUUUAUAUAAGUAUUUGUGAAUAUUUUAUGUAUUUUUGAACUAUUAUUAAAUCGGUUUUGAUGCAUAUAUAAUUUUUGAAAAAAUGAGAUCAGUAUUCUGCUUAGUAUAAUACAAUUAAAUAAUAAACUUAAACGAAAUGAGUUGACAAACUAA